AUGUCGCGCCGCGCCUCCGUGACGGAGUGGAUGCAUCAAGCAUUGAAUGACACAGGGUUAUCGACCGUCGUGGAACCACUUGCGACGGCAUCACUGCUUGCGUCCUCAAAGCACGGGGCGAUGACGACAUCGCUCAUGUACUUGUGCCUCGGUCUGUUCCUUGUCGCGUCGACCUUAAUCCUCCUCAAGUUCUGGCUGCAGACACGAUCUACCCUCGUUCCAGCAACGAAAGUUCGCCUCAUUCAUCUACUCGACGUUGCGAUCUGCAUCCUCGGGUGGUAUGCCAUGAGUAUCAGCAUGACUCUGUUCAACAAGUGGUUUGUCAAAGUUUGGCACGGCGGGUUUCCGUUCGUGUUUACCAUGGGAGCGAUCCACAUGUCGAUCAAGUCGGUGCUCACCCGUAUCAUGAUGUGGCGGCAUCCCACGUCCAUAGCGGUCGUCUCCCCGCGUAACUACUGGCGACUAUGCUUUCCGAUCGGACUCUUCACCGGCGCGGACAUCGUCAUGUCCAGCAUGUCGCUCCGAUACAUCACCGUGUCAUUCUUCACGAUCGUCAAGUCUGGUGGCAACGUGUGGAAUCUCGUCUUUUCCAUCUUCCUCGGGCUGCAACGGUUGUCGCCGUCGCUGCUGUUCGUCGUCAUCGUCAUCUCUGCCGGCAUCGGUCUCGCGAGCUACGGUGUCGUCCAUUUCGUCAUGAUCGGAUUUGUCCUGGUGCUCUCCGCGUCCAUCUUGGGGACGCUUCGCUGGGUCCUCACGCAAUUCUUCAUGCACCAACUCAACACGCGCUGCGACAAGUCGUUGACCGUGGUGUACCACAUCGCUCCCGUGAGCGCGCUGUCCCUGCUCCCGAUCGCGCUUUGCGUGGAUGGCCCGGCGCUGUCGUCGUCCUUGUUCGUGCAAGACGCGUGGUUGUUGCUCGAGUGCUCUCUCUUCCUCAUUGCGGGCGGAGUCCUGUCGUUUGUCCUCAUCUACGUCGAAGUCGAACUCGUCAAGAAAACGUCGGCGCUGUCCCUUGGCAUUGCAGGAAACCUCAAAGACGUGAUGCAGAUUCUCAUGGCGAUGCUUGUGUUCCAAGACCAUUUGAGUGCUGUGAACGGUGCGGGGCUCAUGGUGGCCACGAUCGGCCUCAUGUGGUACUCGUACCUGAAAGCCACGACGGCGGCGCCAGCCGCGCCACCGGAAGGGUACGCCACCGUACUGCAACACGACCAACUCGAUGACGACAUCUCCGACCACCACCCCGCAACGGAAGGGCUCCAUGACAGGAAGCAAGCCCAUAACAUCACUUAA